CGUCAAACUAGUUUACUUCCAAAGGUCUGGCAUGGAAGGCAAAACAUACAACAAACCAAACAGUACUCAGUUUGCACUAGGUAGGUAAAAGGACAUGAUGGCUGCUCAGUAAACAUCAUCACAAGGCCACUGAGACAUGAAGGCAUUCAAGGUCCUGUUUGUGCUCUACCUGUCUGCUAUGACAGCUCACGGUCAGUCUUUCCAUUCUGGUGCUUGCCCCAGGCCACCUGUCCAAGACCAUUUUAAUGUCACAAAGUAUAUGGGUACAUGGUAUGAAAUAGAAAAGCUCCCAGCUGCGUUUGAAAAAGGAAAAUGUGUCCAAGCUACAUACAGUCUCCUUGCUGAUGGGACGGUGAAGGUUCACAAUGCAGAGCUGCUGUCUAAUGGGAAGAUAAAUUCAAUUGAGGGAGUUGCAGAAGUGAAAGAUCCAUCUCAACCUGCACAUCUAGGUGUCAGCUUCUUUAAAGGUGUUCCAGAUUCCCCAUACUGGGUACUCUCUACAGACUACCAGUCAUAUUCUCUGGUCUACUCUUGUUCUGACUUCUUUGGCCUUUUCCACGUUGACUUUGCCUGGAUCCUGGCUCGCACUCGUGUGCUGACUGAUGCUGUCAUUAGCCAGUUACAUGAUAAGCUGGCUACAGCUGGUGUAAACAUAAAACGCCUGACAGUCACCAACCAGACUGGCUGUGAGGUCAUGCAAAAGUCAUGAAAAGUGGAACAAAAUGCUGAAUACCUGUUCUGAACUGUAGUGUAAACACCAUUAUCAAAAUCAAUGAUUCACUACAACAACAUGUGUCAUUACUUAUUGUUUUAAGGUUAAACAAUAUAACAUAAUUAGGGGGGGGAAAUUCUGCUCAUAAUGAAGAUUUUUGUGACUUCUCAUGGUCUCAUUAGUUCUUGUUUUAAUGCAUAUUUAAAAUUAAGAAGUGUUUGGCAGAUUUUAAUAAAUAAAUACACAGGGAUGUACUGAUAAGUGAGAUUGUUUUUAAUAUUACAUUUAACCCUGAGUAUAAGUUGAUAAUUUGCAUUACCUCAGAAAACAUGUAUAUGUAAAUGUAUUUUCCUAAUAGUUUGUAGAUAUAUGUAAUGGUAUGGAUACUAAACAUAACUUUGAAACAUCACACAUACAUUAAUACAGACUAUUGAACAGAAUGGUUGCCACUACACCAUGACAGUUGUGUCACCUUUCAGCUGAAAGAUGAAGGUGCAACAUAACAUAGAAACAUCACAAGUUAUAUGCAUAUCACUGUAAUCAAUUGAACUUCUGUAACAUUGUUGGAGUCAUUAUGGAUAAUAAAAAAAAGUGAG